AUGGCGUCCUCGCAGUCAGAGGCUGUUGCGACUGGCGCAGACUUCGAUACGGCUACACGGAGACGAAAUGUUCCCUCAACAUCAGCAAAUGGGGGACUCGUAGACAGAAUAGAGCUGGAUGAGAAAAAGACUCAGUUAAAGAAAAAAGAACAAUCAUUCAUCGAGUUCCUGGAUGAAUGGGAGUUCAUCAUAGCGCCAGUUCUUUUUACGGUGCUUGCCUUCUUUACCAGAUUAUACAAGAUCGGCCUCUCACCCAUUGUGACUUGGGACGAAGCUCAUUUUGGAAAGUUUGGCUCUCAUUACCUCAAACGCGAAUUCUAUUUCGAUGUCCAUCCACCUCUCGGAAAGAUGUUGGUCGGGUUGUCCGGGUACAUGGCAGGAUAUAAUGGCUCAUUCGAAUUCAAGUCUGGAGAGAAAUACCCCGAUGAGCUCAACUACACUUUUAUGCGAGCUUUCAACUCUUUCUUCGGAGCUGUUUGUGUCCCAAUGGCUUACUACACCGCCCGCGAGCUGAACUUCAAAAGACCUGCCGUGUGGUUUGUCACUUUGAUGGUUCUAUGCGAAAACUCCUAUACCACUAUCAGCCGAUUCAUCCUCUUAGAUUCCAUGCUUUUGUGCUUUACCUUCACCACAGUACUCUGCUGGGCUAGAUUCCACCGUCUUCAACACAAGAGUUUCAGUGCCGAAUGGUUUCUCUGGCUUCUGUUGACUGGAGUCAGCAUUGGAUGUGUCUGCAGUGUCAAAUGGGUUGGUUUCUUUGUUACUGCUAUGGUCGGCCUUUACACCGUCGAGGAUCUCUGGAACAAAUUUGGUGACUACAAAAUGCCAAAGUUGGACCUUGCAACUCACUUAGCUGCUAGAGUGGUUGGGUUAAUAAUCAUUCCCCUCAUUGUCUACAUGGUAUCUUUCGCUUUGCAUUUCGCCAUUUUGGAGAACAGCGGUCCUGGCGACGCUCAAAUGAGCUCCCUCUUCCAAGCCAAUCUCAGAGGCACCGAGGUUGGAAAAGACAGCCCUCUCGAAAUCGCAUACGGAUCCCGAGCGACCAUCAAAAACAUGGGUUAUGGUGGUGGUUUACUCCAUUCUCACGUACAGACAUAUCCUGAAGGAUCUACUCAACAGCAAAUCACUUGUUACCACCACAAGGAUUCCAACAACGAAUGGUGGUUUUAUCCAAACCGCGACCAGCCAGAGUUUAACGCGGAGGCUGAUCCCAAGUUCGUGGCGGACGGUGAUGUUUUGCGAUUGAUCCACUCCCAGACUGGCCGAAACCUUCACUCUCACGAUGUAUCCGCCCCAGUCACCAAGGCCGAUAAGGAAGUAUCUUGUUACGGUAACACCACCGUUGGAGACGAAAAAGAUCACUGGACUAUGGAGGUUGUUAGGGAUGUUGCCUCAAAUGAUCGUAGCAAAGUCCGUACUUUGACCACCGCUUUCAGGCUCAAGCACACCGCCCUUGGCUGCUAUCUCCGUGCGGGCAAUGUUAACCUCCCUCAAUGGGGUUUCAAACAGAUCGAAGUCACCUGUACAAAGGAGAACAAGCCAAAGGACGUUUAUACUCACUGGAACGUUGAGGCCCACUGGAAUGACAAGCUGCCUGCCGCUGAUGCUGGUGCCUACAAAUCCCCUUUCUUGCAGGAUUUCAUUCAUCUUAAUGUUGCCAUGAUGACGUCCAACAACGCUCUUGUUCCAGAUCCCGACAAGCAAGAUGACCUUGCAUCUCAAUUCUGGCAAUGGCCACUGCUACAUGUCGGUCUUCGAAUGUGCGGUUGGGAUGAUUCUAUUGUCAAGUACUUCCUUCUCGGAAACCCAUUAGUUUACUGGGGUUCUACUGCUACUCUUGGUGUAACUGCUCUCAUGGUGGUUUGGUACUUGAUUCGCUGGCAGAGAGGCUACACCGAACUCAAGCAAGCCGAUAUUGACCAGAUCCAUUAUGCGGCACUCUACCCAAUUCUUGGAUGGUUCCUCCACUACCUUCCAUUCGUCGCCAUGGCCCGUGUCACUUAUGUUCACCAUUAUUACCCAGCACUUUAUUUCGCUAUUUUGAAUUUCGGCUUUGUUGUGGAUUGGGUGUUGAAGCCUCAGUCUAAGGCCAUCCAGUAUCUUUUGUACGGAAUCUUAUACGCCACUACCAUCGGACUCUACAUUUUCUUCAUGCCUAUUUCAUGGGGUAUGGUUGGACCAAACAAGCAGUACAGCUACAUGAAAUGGUUCGAUAACUGGAGAGUCACUGACUAA